CAGAGUGUGCAGCAGGGCCAGUGGAGCUGGUGGUGGCGCGGGUGAGUGAAUGGCAGGCAGACGCUCCCCGUCAAGGCUGAGCGACAUAGACCAUGGAGACCCAAAACUUUUCAGAACAAACGCAGCCAAUGAAUGCUAAGCCUUAGCUGUCAGUGGCAUCCUUGCUGUUUUUCAGUCACUGACGUUUGCCAAAAAUGAAAUUGGAAUAACUUUUCUGAAAUAGUGAGCGAGAUGAAACUAUGAUUAAAGUUCUGCCGCGGCUGUGUUUGUACUGCUUGUGUAGUGAGACGCGGCCUGGCCUGAGUAGAUGAAAUAGUGACGACUACAAAACUUCGUCCUGUGGUGCAGCGCUGGAGUGCGUUUGACUCCUGCUGAAGUGUUCCAGUCAAAACUCGAACACCCUGGCGUAAUGUUGCAUCUGCGCGGUUGUUGUUUACAUGAAUUGUUAUAGUCCGGAAAUGAAAUAUCUCACAAAUGAGUACUUACCAGUUACCAAUAGGAAGAGUUAUCACAGUGAUAGCGAGGUGCGUUUGUGCAGGACCCACUGGACUCGAUUUCCUUUAGAGAUCAAGGGGAAGGCAGAGAAAGUACUAAAAGAGGAAAAAGGAGCGAAUGGAGGAGAAUGAGACACUUGUGAAGGAAAAUAAAGUAAGGAGUAACCUCUGCAUCUCUAUCGGUGAUGUGACAUGAAUGAACAUGUGAACAAGAACUUAGAAAAUAAAAAGGAAGACAAAAUUCUGAACUUCCUGGUGCCCUUUGAUCCCUGCAUCAGGAUGUGCCACUGACUGACCGGCGGCGUGAACCGUUCCUGCGAGCGUGCAAGGAGCACAGGACAGAGAAGGAGACACAAACCCACUGGAGGAGUAUGUAAGCCGUCAGGAGGCGAGGAAGGGGCAGGUAGCGAGCGACCAGCCUGCCUCGUCCUCUUCGUGGGACCACUAGUCAUGGCCAUACCCAGCGCUACCCAACGCAUCGCCACUCUUCUAAGCUGACGAGACACGCUGCGUUCCCCACCAAGCAGGCAGCAUAACAUGAGGGCUGGCGGCACGGCGAGGCUGGGGCGAGGCCGGUCAGGAGGCGUGUGGUGGCUCACUGCAUGACCCCGUGCGUCCCUCAUCGCCGCAGCCAUGGAGUCGAGAGCCAUCAUACCCCCAACCCUACCCACCUUCGGUCACGCCACCGUCUACGUCUAUCCCACAGUCGCCCCACGGGUAGUGGUGGUACCCAUCAUCACCUGCAUCAUCGGCUUCCCCGUCCUGGUGAUGCUGGUGAUCUGUGCCCUCAGGUAUCGGGCGAGGCGAGCACGUAUCAACGCCAAGAAUGCACACAGCGUGGAGUCUUCGGCAUCGGCGCUCGAGCUCACCUCCGGGUCAUCCAUCUUGGCCAGCCGAUGUACAAACGGUAAAGCUCAUCGCUUGAAGAAGAGGAAGAAAGCCCUUGUAAGGUUCAAACCCAUGCCCGAGAUCGACCUGGACACCGUGGUGGAGGAAAAGUCAGAGUUCGAUGCCGAGGUGACGGCAUCUGACCUGCUGACCACCCCUGAGGAGCUGGUUAUUCCAGAGGAGACCACGCCACCAGCCUCCUUCAGGGCCUUCAGGUACAUGGGUGCCGUCAGCCAACCGCUGGCUGCUAUUUCCCCUAACAAGACCUCGCCCUUCAGAUCCCAGCAUCUUGACCAGGUCGCCGAGGAGCUGGAACUCUGCGAGGACGUGAUGCUGGAGGUCAGCGAUGAUGAACAGCUUGAUGAAUUUGAUGAGGACGAGGAGGACAUGGAGAACGAUGAGGAUGACCUCGAGCUUGAUUUAGACGCCAUUGAAGUAGAAGGUGUGUGUUUAGAGGUCGAGGAAGGGGAAGAUCAGAUGGAGGACAGCGAAAAUGGAACUCUUGGCACUUGUUUCACGCUUUCGCCUAAGUCGUCGACGAAGUCUCCUACGGGGGUCCAGUUGGCCCUCAAGAAGCUCGAUGGUGCCAUAAAGCGGCGCCAUUCCAGCCCUGUCAAAGUCAACUAUGGGAAGAAUCGAGGCCACCAGCAACGCUCAUCAGCCAAAGCAAACUAUGGUCAUCCUCAGGUGAAAGAAGAAGAAAAUGCACUCAAACCCCCUCCUCUCAAGUACGACAUUGACUACAUUGAUCGCGAGUUGAUGCCGCGAUUCUCGCCGCGUCGCUCGCACUCCGUCAAGUACACCAUGAGCCGGCGGGCCACCUCUUUCACGGGCAAGAAGCGUCACGGAGAAUCUUUCAAGUUAAGAAGUAAAAGCUUUUCUAGAAGUAUUUCUCACGUUCACGACGGACCGGACGGUAGACCUAGAGGUCAACCGAGAAGUGCAUCAACAUCACAGGAGUUCCAUAACGGUGUUAUGGAGUGUGAUGUCCACAUCGUGAACGAACAUGGUACUGAGAUGAGUUCGAGUAGCUGUAGUGACAAGUGCAUCGGUGGCGACACGAGUACUAAAAGUGAGUCGGACGGCGACACUUUUCUCAACGGCAGCGAGACAGACUGGUCAGUGUCUUCCCGGGAGUGCCACUACCCGGUGAGGGCCACUGUGUCUCUGCCGAUUAGAACCAACAGGAUAGACUCGGACAGUCCAGUAAAGAGGGUGGCGCAGUGCUCGAGAACUGCAUGUGGUGAGGAGGGUGCGUGUAUGGGUGUGUGUAGAUUGUCAGCACCUAAUUCCAUAGACAGAGGAGAAAGUCAGUGCCAGACAGACAAGGUUGUGCUUCCUCUCUCUGAUGUUGCCGAAGGAAGGGAGGAUGGCGGUCAGGACCAGCAGCAGGGUGUGGCGGGCCGGGACGAUAUGCGGAGCACUCUGGUCUGACAGCGUCGCCCGGCACCAGGCGGCCCUGGGACAUGAGUGCUGUGAUGGAUUUUAUGGUGUUAAGCUUCACUUUGUAACAUAUUGUCUGUGAAAGACUCAAUCUUAGAUUUUACACUAUAACCUUUUGUUUUGUCAUUGUAGAAAUGAAAAAAAAAAACACAUCUUCCAGUAAAUGUAUAGUGUAAAUGGUUCCUAGUUUUUAUUCAUGAAGAAGUGAAAUGAAGCCAGGAGAAACUUGCAUCACCACCAGCUACGGUGCCAGGCCCGGCAGGGAGCGUGACGCUCCCAGUGUUCCAACGAGUUUUUUCCUCUCUGUUUCUUUCUUUGAUGAUAGGAUAAAUAUUUCUGUUAUAAAUCAGUGGUCAAAUCUUCUCAUCUUAUUCCUCACACACACACACACACACACACACACACACACACACACACACACACACACACACACACACACACACACACACACACACACACACACACACACACACACACAACUUUUUCAUAUUAUGAUUUUGUCAUUUUACUAUAUUUCAAUUUUUUUAUCUAACUUUUUUGCCCGAUUUCUAUUAAUAUCCAUGUUAUCAAGUGCAUCAACAGCAUUCAUUCAUGAACGUAAUUGUUGUACGAUGAUUUAUUCACAUAUUACACAUCUGAAUGCUAAUGCAUCUAAGUAUCAAUUUUUCCUGCAAACUCGAAUUACCAUAGUCAAUCAACCAGUCUACGCACGUACAUAGGAACUUGUCAACUUCUGUCCUCUGCUUCACCCACGUAACUUCUUAUUAGCCUUCCUAAUGAUUUUAACUAAUCUACACACACACACACACACACACACACACACACACACACACACACACACACACACACACACACAAUCUCUAUCCCUUGCCAACAGUUUGACCAGUUUUAUAUAACGUGCUAACUAGGAUAAAAGAGUGCAUAUAUAUUUUCACUAAAUCUUGGUCAUAACGUUAAGGCGAAAAGAAGUUGUCUGAAUGUUAAUAUAUAUAAAUACACACAUACAUAUAUUCCUGGUCCUCCUUGGCCAUUCCUGCUUCCCGGAUGUCCAUUGCUUGAGUAAGGAGGGAAAGAGUCCAGGGUUUUACCACUUAACUUUCCUCUUUAGGGGCGGACUUACCCCAGGCGCUGUGAGCCCCAGCUGCUCGGGUAUGUACAGCUGCUGGACCUUGGCUAGUAUUCUCUGUCCCUAACACGCGCCCUCCCGCCUCGGCCCCACCUACCGUUUUCUGAAGCGGUUUGCAAUGCACAUUAAUAUAUGUUGUAAUUUAUAUUGUCAUUAUUAAUUGUUCUCUGUCAUUCAAGAAAAAUAUUCAACUGUGUAGUUUCAUCUUCAAGUGCUAGACGGCACAGUAACACAAAGUAAUAUAAUUUAUACUUGAGAUCCAUCCAUCAAGUCAUAGACAUGAGUUGCUUGGAAAUGACUACCUCGGUAAGUUUUGAGCUAGGAAAUGUGCAGAUGUGAUUAAAUUGAAAAUUCUAUAAAGGAUACGCAAUAUUCCGACCAAUACGUUUGUUAAUGUGGUUAGUUAUAGUCUCCAAAUAUAACAAAGUAUCGAUGGGACUGACAGACAUUUGCAGUUAGAUCAUAGGUGUGGUGGGGGCCGCGUGGAAGUGGUUGGGUGCGCGGAGAAUACUUUUCAAAGUCCUCCCGACCAAGAUGUAUCGAAUUGUUUCAGGCGAAGGUGACCAUUAGUUGCCGGCGGCACCUGACGCCCGACAUUAGCUGCUUCCACUUGAAAUGUUCGCCGUCAGAGGCCGCCGCCCGAUUAUCAUUCGACUUAUUUAUUUGUUAUUUUUUUUACUGACCUGUGUGGCGUAUCAAGACGAUAUAAUACUCAUUGAUGAAAGUUAAACCAUGUCUGUAUUAUGAAUAUUUCCAUUGUUGAUGGUUGAUGUUUGUAUCAUAAUCUAAGUCGCAGCCGGAGAUCGCUGCACCUCUAUGACAAAAUUACAUUAUAACAAGCA